GCAAGCGUGGGCGACUGCAGGUUGGGCACGUGUGGCUCAGGCUGUUAGGCUCCAUGCUUAGGCGCUGCGAAAGAGCCCAACACAGUCAUGAGUCAAAUUGCCCAAGAGAGGGUGCAAAAGUUUCACAGCUUCAUUCUCAGCUCGUUUCAAGUUACCCCCCGGCAUUUUUCUGUAAUCAAAGUGACUUAUUGCCCUCGGACGACACCAUGGAAAGCGCGCUGAUUUCAUGGAUAACGGGGGAGAAGAGAAUGCCAAGGCAGAUUCCGACGACCUCGACCCUGGUUGGCGGGAGAGUUGCCAGCGCCCAAAAGGUGGUGAAGACGGUCCGGGCAGUCCACGGACAUGGAAUCUUCAGAGUGGGGGAGACGAUAAACAGCGUGAACCAGGUCUCCAAAACCCUGAACAACUUCAUCCCCAAGGUCUCCAAGCUCGUGGACCGCGCCAACCAGUUUAUUCCCACCAUGCAAAUCAUGGCACAUUCUGCGUGCGAUAGCAUCAAGAUUACCACUAGUUUCACGAAUGUCGCCACCUCGGUUGGGAUCGGCGCUAACCUGGUUCUGACGUACCAGGGCGUCAAGGCCCUCCAUUUGAUCGCCGCCAAACUCGAGGACGUCGCAGCCGCCCUCGCAGCGCAGACGGCACUCACGGCGCAGAGAGACUUCCCCCAGUACGUCUACGACAUGAUACGCGAGCGGCUUGGCCAGACCUCAGAUGAUCCAGCCGGCGAUCACUGGUUCUUUCUCUUACACCCCGACGACGACUGGUACCCCAAAUUCUACCAUCUCCUUGAGACGCAGCCUGUCGGCCCUAGGUUCUGCGGCUAUACGAACCACAUCGACACCAUCUUCGUUUUCAUGCUUGCCGCACGGCGGUUCAUCGAGGAGAGAGAGCGCAGAGCUCGAGAAGCGGGACGGCAGUUUCGCCCUGUGAGGCUGCAUCUCCUGAUUCCGGCGUACCAGCCCAUCCUCAUUGCGGAAGCGCUCAGGAUCCCUCCCGAGAUUGGCGAUUUUGUAAUGGAGGCGAGGGUCAAUAGCGGCAAGGAAUUUGUCUGGCUCAACCUCCCCCAUGGACAGCGGCAUCAUACCUCGGGCAUUGGUCAUUGGGAACCGCCGGGUACUGGAUGGUGGGAAGGAGUCUUGUCCAAGAUUGGCUUGGCCCAGAGACCGCUAACACUGGGCAGUCCCAGGGUAUUAGGAAGUAGACAACGGUCAUCGGAGGACGAUGACGUUUUGGCAAUGGUUGGCGACGGUGAAUUUAGGGCCAGGCCUGUUGCUGAUGGCGAGCCGGGAAACGAAGAUUUGCUAGGACCUCAGACUAGCAACCAAGGUGGUGAUGGAGGAGGGGGAGGGGGAGAAAAUCGACACCAUGCAACGCCGCUGCAUCACCGCCACGGCAGAAGAGACCAUCGUAGGAGUGUCAAAGAAAUAGACAGAGGCAGUCGUGGCGAAAAGGGGCCGGCAGCAGCAGCAGCAGCGGGACUUCGUGAGUCCUGAUCGGGGCAGAGUGCUUAGAAGUACAUACCAUGUAAUAAACCCACUGAUAGUUUCAAGAUAUAGCGAGAAUGGUCUUUUUGGGGGAGAGGGGGUGGGGCCUUACUGAUAAACGCAUGACUAAAAUUCCAAGUACAAGACUCCGUGCUCACGUCUGCGAGAGAACUCGCUGAGAUUGCUUCAAGUUAUUGACAUAUGGUCAAGGUAAUGAUGGAUAUCGACCGUAACAUAUAUCCACAGGAGACUCCAGCUAGUUCGGUUACUUGAAGGGGAAAUUGACUGCGUAGACAACAUCGCAAUGGCAUGCCAAGGACACGCAGACUCAGAUCAGAAUGAGAGAAUUAACUGUAGCUCCGAUGUCAAAUAAGGAAUGAGAGCCAAGUGUGGUGUGAAAGUGUCGACUGGUUACUGUGACGGCCCGCCUUACGCAGUAGGGAUGUCAAUGGUUGAAGGCAGUAACGAAU